GGGCGCCAUGGCGGAGGUGGCGUGGGGCGAGGACGCGGGCGCGGCGGUCUACCGCUCCCGGGACCCCGUACGCAACUUGCGCGUCAGGGUCUGCCUCCAGCGGGUGACCUCCACCAGCCUCCUGCUGCAGCAGCUCCAGCAGCCCUUCUGCCCCCCCGGCCGGCAGCUCGUCGGCUUGGCCACCCUCGGCCCUCAUGGCCCGACAGAUGACAGUUGCAUUGAGGAAGAGAAAGAGGAGGCUAUAAUUGGCUGGCAAGAGAAACUGUUCAGCCAGUUUGAAGUGGAUCUCUACCAGAAUGAGUCCGCCUGCCAGAGUCCUCUUGACCACCAGUACCAUCAGGACGUGCUGAAGCUGGAAGGGUCAGGGAGGCGGACAAACACCCGGAUCUUCACGUACACAGACCACGACCGCUUCACCAACCUGGAGGAGCACUGCCAGAAGGUGACCACAUCUGGGAAGGAAGUGCCGUCGUACUUGACGGAGAGGAUGGCCAACGUCAGGAGGCGGCGGCAGGAGCGCCAGCCAACAGAAGGGGGUGCCCUGAAAUCCCGCCUCAUCACCUGGCAACCCUCGGAAGAGUUCAUCAAGAACAACCAUGUCAUCAACACCCCUGUGCAGACCAUGUACAUCAUGGGGGACUUGGGACCCCCUGGCAAGCUUGGUUGCAAAGACUGCGAGCACGUCCUCUGCACAAUCAGGGCGGACAGCAACGGCGUCAUCACGGUCAAGCCAGACUUCACUGGCACGAAGGGCCCGUACAGGAUCGAAACGGAAGGGGAGAAGCGGGACAUGUGGAAGUACACGCUGGAGGAUGCCUCGGCCCACUUCCAGCAGGAGGCGGCGGCCCAGGAGCAGCGGGUCUUCAAGGACCUGUACAGCCGCCACAAGGAGCACCUCAGCAGACUCGUUGGCUCCGACUUUGAGAUGACCCCCCCAGGCACCCUCCGGCUCGUUGUUAACGGCGAAAUCGUUUCAGCCCAGGGCUACGAGUACGACAACCUCUACGUCCGCUUCUUCGUGGAGCUGCCCGACUGCUGGUCGUGCCCGCCAUCCCAGCCGCUCUCGGGGGUGACCCAGACCUGCGCUGCCCAGGCCUGUGGCAGGGACAGCGUGGCCUUUUUCUCCUUCCCUUUCACCCUGGAUCUGUUCUUUGCGCCAGGAAACCAUGCAGAAGGCACCUUCCCCCAGUGGCCUGUCCUCUACUUUGAGGUUCUCUCCUUGGAUUUCUGGCAGCGGUACCGCGUUGAGGGCUAUGGGUUCGUGGUACUGCCGGCAACGCCAGGAGCUCACGUCCUGGCGGCUGCCACGUGGCGCCCUGUGCGGCCCGGCACCUUCUCGGAGCUGCAGAGGUUCUUCAUCGGUGGGUCGCCGGAGCUCGAGGACACAGCCUACGUCAGGGUGCCGAGCACGUUCACCGGCGACCGCCUGAGCCGCUUCGGCUUCCGCACCGAGACAACGGGCUGUGUGACCUUCCGGCUCCACUGCCUGCAGCAGUCCAGGGCCUUCCUGGAGUCCCGCUCCAUGAGGAAGCGCAUGCAGAGCGUCCCGGACCGGCUGGGCAGCUUCGGGCAGCAGGACUCCCUCUACAACGUCCUGGAGGCAUUCCAGCGUGCCCGACGCCGGAUGCAAGAGGCCCGGGAGAGCCUCCCGCAGGGCCUGAUCCACGCAUCUGCCCCCACCGGUCGUCUGGCCUGAGGCUGGCUGCCCGGCUCGCUGCCUGGCUGAGCACAGAAGAUUCGAGAGACACGCAGAAUGCCUCUUCCUCGGUGGAAGAGGCGGCCAAGGGCUCCCCUCUGGGGCCGGAAAAUGCUUCCCAGGCCUCGAACUUGCGUUCUGUUCUUGUACGGGGCCUGGUGGGUGUGUCGGGGGGGGGGGGCUACCAACAGGACCAUUUUCUCCCAGCAGGAGAGCUGGCACUUCCCUCCUUCCAGCCCCCAUGACAGGAAGUAGCAGGCACUCUUUCUUUCAUGCUUUCGGGAAGACUAGCCGGCUGGGGCAUUCUGGGAGUCGUAGGUCCGUGGAACAGGCCUUUCUCACAGCAAAACAAUAAAUCGCCAUAAACGGA